AAAUAAUGGAAAACAGAUAUAAAGCGAUCGUCAACCAGAAGGAAGUAGAGACACAUGAACUAAGAGAGUGUCUAGAUCAUGAAGUCUUAGUCAAAAUCCUGAAAGUGCCAAUAAACCCAAUUGAUCACUUUAAGAUUAACGCUCCUCCAGAAGCACUACAGUCAUUACCUCCAUGCCCUGGUAUUGGAUUUGAUGCAGUCGGAGUAAUUGUCGACAGUGGGAAGAAUGUAGACACUUCGUUAGAAAACAAGAGAGUUGCUGUGUAUCAAACCUUCUUCGAUCCUGGAUAUUCAGGAACUUGGAGACAAUACCUCUACUGUAAGCCUGAAGAGGUCUACGUCCUUCCAUCCGAAAUCGAUGACGAAAGUGAGUGCUACUUCAUGGGAAAUCCACUAGCAACAUAUGGUCUUUACAUUCAAAGUGAAAAGCAUAACGCUAAGGCAAUAAUUCAGAAUGCUGCUUGCUCAUCAGUAGGGAAGAUGCUGAUUAGACUUUGAAAAAAGAACGGGAUUCCUGUCAUCAAUAUCGUCCGUUCAGAGUUCCAAGAAAAGUGUCUAAAAGAGUUAGGUGCUGAUAAUAUUUUCAAUUCUACUAGUGACACAUUCAUCGAUGAUAUAUCUGAGACUAUUACAACCCUUGGAGCUAACGUAUUCAUAGAGUGUGUUGGUGACAAAAGUAUUAAGCAGAUCAUGAAUGUAAUGCCACUAGGCUCAACAGUUCUCUUCUAUGGCACUUUGCAGCCUGAAAGUCUGGAUAUUUCCUCUCCAGAUAUCCUCUUCACUAUGAAGACUUUGACGUAUUUUUCUACACCAGGGUGGCUCCAAUCUUUGACCCUGGAAGAGAAACAGAGAAUAACUGAAGACAUAAUGAAGGACUUUACUGAAGGAGCAAAAGUGUAUGGCUGCAAGGUUGCCAAAAGUUACCCUCUAAGCGACCUAGAACUAGCCCUUGAAGAGUACCCAAAAUAUAGAUCUGAAGGAAAACUAGUCAUCUCCAUGCAAGAAAAGGAUUUAAUUGAUCUGAAAGCUUCAAUAUAUUAA